AUGAAGGAUGAAAUGCAGAACUGCCAAGAGGAGAUGAUGAAUGCCAUGAAGACAGAGAUAGACAUCAAGAAGAACCAAGAAGACAUGCGAAACAAAAUAGUUGCUGCACAAGAGGAAAUGAAGUAUAAGAUUGGCGAAACAAGCAUCCCAUUCGAUGGGUACAACUGGGAGUACGAGGAACAGGACGAGGGGGAGGUUGACGUCACCGCAGAGUACACUGAGGGGCCGGAAGUAGACUGGAUGCCGCCACGACUGUACCACAUGACACAGCACGCAUCGCCGCUUCCACACACGGCCAACCACCACGACGCUGUCGCGGCCAAGAUGCCGCCCACUUUAAGAACCACCGAGACGUCCAUCUGCCACUCGUCGCCGCCCCCGACAUCGCCACCGACGCCGCCCUCGCCAUAUGGGGUGGAGACAUCACCACAGGCGGAGGAAGCCACGCCCUUCCAGCCCCUGUGGUACAACUGGCGCGCGGGGGUCGGGUGGACACGUCAGGCCGAUGCAGACCCGCCGCCUCCGACGCCACCCCCUGUUGGUGCUCAGGUGCCAACCGAGACCGCAGAGACCAACGACACAGAGCGGCACAGCAAAGGGGGCGGAUAUGUGAACUGGGCGGAGCUGACGCGCUCCACCGUUACGCCGCCUCCACUGCCACCAGUAAUACCGACGCCACCCCCGCCACGUGGGGUGGGAACCUCGCCGCAGACAGGGGAUGCCACGCCCGUCCAGCCCCUAUGGAGCGACUGGCGCAGCCGCAAGUCUCAAAACGGCCACUUCGCGACAACGUCGGCCUGA